ACUAGCUAUAUAAGAUCCCAAACCAACCGAGCCAAAGCAUUCCCACUGCUCCGACCUCCGCUCACACGAAGAAACACUCUCCUCUCCAUUGCCCUGUGAGCUGUGAUCCUUAUUCUGGGUUUUUGAAGGUUUGAUUUCUUAGCUCGCGAGAUCAACCAUGGUGAAAGGUCCGGGACUCUACUCCGAAAUCGGAAAGAAGACACUAGAUCUGUUGUACAAGGAUCAUCACGGCGACCAGAAGUUCAGUGUCGCCACCGUCUCUCCCACCGGAGUUGCGGUUACCUGUUCUGCAACGAAGAAAGGAGAGCUGUUUUUUGCUGAUGUCAAUACUCAGCUGAAGAACAAGAAUGUGACAACUGAUAUCAAAGUGGACACUGGAUCCAACCUUCAUACCACUAUAACUGUUGAUGAACCUGCUCCUGGGCUGAAGGCAAUCUUUAGCUUCAAAGUUCCAGAUCCAAGGUCUGGAAAGAUGGAGCUUCAGUACAAGCAUGAGUAUGCUGCUGUAACUUCAAGCAUUGGCUUGACAGCAAACCCUAUUGUCAACUUCUCUGGUGUCGUUGGAAGUGAUGCCUUGGGCCUGGGUGCGGAUGUUUCCUUUGAUACCAAGACUGGAAAUUUCACCAAGUGCAAUGCUGCAUUGACCUAUGCCAAUGCUGAUCUUGUUGGUGCUCUGAGUUUGAACAACAAGGGUGAUUCUCUGGUUGCUUCCUACCACCACUACGUGAACACUUUCACUGCUAUUGGUGCUGAGGUGGCCCACAGCUUCUCUUCCAAUAAGAACAGCAUCACCGUUGGCACCCAGCACGCUUGGGACCCGUUGACAUCAGUGAAGCUCCGCUUGAACAACAGUGGCAGGGCAAAUGCUCUGAUCCAGCACGAGUGGCGGCCAAAAUCCUUCUUCACUGUCACUGGAGAGGUGGAAUCCAAGAACAUUGAAAAGAGUGCCAAGGUGGGAUUGUCUCUUGCUCUCAAGCCAUGAGCAAGCAUUACAGAGCCCGUUUUUGCUGGAAGGGAAAGCCUUUUUAAUUUUGGGAUUCUGCAGUAUAGUUUCACUUCUCGGUUUAGCUUUUGCUCGGUUGUUGACUUAUUCGGAAGGUUUCUUGUGAUGCCUUUAUUUCCAUGUUCGUCAAUGUGCAAAUAAGAAAUAGAGUUUUGUGAAACCCCUUGGCAUUUUCCGUUGUUUCGGUUCACUGAACAGAAGUUUUGCAGAGGCUCGAUUCUGUUGAUUCUGACAGUUUAUAAUCUGUGAUUGUUUAUCAUCAUAGACGUGAUCAAUGAUACCUUGUUCAUGAUUAACCUUUAAUUUUGAAGUGUAUGUAUGUGUAUCUCAACA